AUUCUCCCUCGAUCAACUGGCCCCCUACGUGAGCACUGCCUUUACAUAGCCACUUAUUUCGAACGUGAUUGUAACUUCUUUACCCUCCUCCCGUAUGCCUGCCUCCAGGCUCCCUCUUACGCUCGAAUCCGUCACCGUCCUUUUUUAGUCGCCUUCGGGAGUGCGAGCAAGUUUCCUCCCGCGAGCGCGAAGAGCGCGCGCGUACCAUGCAGGCACCAGUCUUCGUACCGGAUACCCUCAUAUCGUCGCCGGAUGGGUCUUGCCUGGCGACAGCUGACGAUUCCAACAUACAUUUAUGGAGUUUGAAAACGGGGAAAUGGCAAAAGACGUUAAAGGGCCAUUGUAAAUUGGUCAAUCAUAUCGCAUUUUCGCCAGAUGGUGUGCAGGUCGCAUCAGCUUCAGACGACGGCUCGGUGAGGGUGUGGGAAGUGGCCACGGGCGACUGCCGGUACAUACUUGGGGUUUCGGACGAAACGGCCGUCAAGAGCGUGGCUUUUUCGCCGAACGGGGCGCAAGUCGCGUCGGCCGCAAGCGACGAGAUGGUGAGGGUGUGGGAUUUGAGGACAGGUGACUGUCGACACACCCUACACACCUCUCCAAUCCCAGUCAGAAGCGCGGUAUUUUCGCCGGAUGGGUCGCGUGUGGCACUUGCCUUGAUGCCGACUUUGGGUCAAGACAGGCUGUUGAAGAUUGCGGAGACGUGGGCCUUACAGACGGACCGGCGCACAAGUCACUCUUGCCCUAUGGUCGUCCGCACAACAUACAACCCCGUCCUCGGUGAAUGCUCAUGUCUACCCGAGGCAACCUUUAGAGUUGUUUUCUCAACGGAUGGGUCUCGAGUCGCCGCAUGCAUCGACGAUAUAUAUGUGGCUGUCUGGGAUGUGCUAACGGGCGAGCUUCUUUUCCUUGUCGAUCCCAAUAUUGGUAUCCUCUGCACGGGAUUGGAGUCGCCGGACGAGUCUAGCAAAACCCUGCGCCUAAAGAUGCCAGCCGUGAGCAAAUGGGAUGCCCAGGCACAGAUAUUCCGUCCGAAAUACUCGCGCAGUGAUAUUCCCCUCGAAACGAAUGGGGUAGUUUUGUCGCCGGAAGGGUCACAGAUAAUAUUGUGCUUGUCCAAUGACAUAGUGCAAGUCUGGAAUAUCUCGACGCAGCAGUGUGUCGAGGGAACAGUCCCUUCAUCGGUAGUCACCCACGAGACGUCUCCGCCAGAUAAACUAUCUCAAUGGCAACUACACUUCAAGAUCCGGGGGGUGCACCAGGACGAGAUUGCCCACGCGAGCCGGGCCAUCCGCUUCGACGGUCGUGCCAAUUACCUCAAUUUGGGUUUCGUCCCGGACGGUACCUCUCAGGGUCACUCCACUCUCUCGCACACUCCCACUACGCUUGUCAAAGGCGCCAGGGCCGGAACGGUUUGAAUUGGCUUGUGGAGUUUCAAGAAAUACUGUUGACGUCAAACAACGAAGCCAGAAGCCGAGAGGAUGGACUCAGUCGAUCCGAACACCCCAUCGGUAAGAAGAGGAGUCAUGAUGAGGCCGGUUCGCACGGAAAAUGUCUUAAGGUGCACCACACUUUGCAACCAUCCUCUUCAAGCGAGACCAAAUGGAUGGCGUAACCCCGCCUAUCUAUCUUCCAUGACACCGUCUAGUCCUCUCAGCACCAACAAGUAGAGAUCGCAACAUUGCCUAUAACGACAAUCUCGAGCUACAAGACGUGGGACCUGGAUUUCAUUCGGGUAAAGAGACGCCGAAGUGGUGGGAAGGCACCAGCUCAGCAUUCGGUUGAUGCCAUUCAUAAAUGAGAGUACUACGGUCAAUCGGAACAGGAUAACCCAGCUUUAGUAUCCCUAUUACACUUUCGGAUACCAUUCUUUUCUUCUUGAACCGGCCUCCCUCACCGCCCAUCCACUUGAUGCUGGCUUGUCGUCACUGAACUCCUACACGACAAGUGACACACUCAACUAUAGAAGGAGCUCAUUGAGACGUUCCGACACCUCUAUAAACUUAGGCUCCUCUAACGGUUGUAUCACAGAAGGCCAGAAUUUCACAUUGUUGCCCAAA